UGUAGAGCGUGUUUCAGAAUUGAAUUAUUUCAAGAUGUACAAAAAUUCAAUGAAAUUGUAGACUCUGUUUUAAGUUAUUUCAAGAUGUACAAAAAUUCAGUGAAAUUCGAGACCCUGUUUUAAGUUUGAAAUUUAUUUUUAUUGCCCAAUUCCUUGUCAUUGUCGACAAACUGAUUUCUUUUAUGAUGUCGACAGACUGUUCUGGUCAUUAUAACCCUGUAAUUGUAAUGGUAAUCUAAAAAUCAUGUCGUUUGGUGGUGGUGAUGGUUGGUUAGCUGAGCAUGCGGAAAAUGAAGAAUCAAACCAGAUCUUAUUAAGUUUACUUUUGCCGUCUUGUCUUGUAUUUAUAUCUUCUGGCAACCCGCAGCGUGAAUUCCGAGAAUUUAAAGUGUACAUGGAUUACUGAGAUGAUUUCAGAAUACUAGUUAAAACUAGCCCUACAGGCCUGUAUGAAAAUCAUAUAUUAUCUCCAUGCGGCCACAGUUCACUUGGAUUCUACCUUUGGAAUGAAAGAUAACCGCCGUCUUUAAUAGUGAAGAAUGUCCAGAAGAAACAGGAAAUUUGGUCCACUUGUAGGAUCUAUUGAUGAAGGUACCAGCAGUGCCCGCUUCCUGGUUUUUGCUGCAGAAACCUCAGAGCUGUUGACCUACCACCAGAUUGAUGUACAACAGAUGUGUCCACGAGAAGGUUGGGUGGAACAGGACCCAUUAGAGAUCUUGAAAGCUGUUAAAGAUUGUAUGGAAAUUACGGUUGACAAUCUUCACAAGCUAGAUAUUGAUCCAGCAGAUAUUGUUGCAGUAGGGAUGACAAAUCAGAGAGAAACUGUUGUUGUGUGGGACAAGUAUACUGGAGAGCCACUUUACAAUGCAAUAGUUUGGUUGGAUGUUCGUACCGCAUCAACAGUGGAUGAAGUUUUGGCUGGUGUUCAAGACCAUAAUCAGGAUUGUUUAAAAUCUUUAUGUGGCUUACCUGUCAGUACUUACUUCAGUGCUGUCAAAGUCCGCUGGUUGAUAGACAAUGUUUCCAAAGUUAAACAAGCGUUCAAAGACAAGCGUUGCUGCUUUGGAACUAUAGAUACGUGGUUGUUAUGGAACUUGACUGGUGGCAAAAAUGGUGGUUUAUAUAUUACUGACGUCACAAAUGCAUCUAGGACCAUGCUAAUGAACAUAAAAUCUCUACAGUGGGAUCCAGUUUUAUGCAGGUUCUUUGGUGUUCCAAUGGAUUUGUUACCGGAGAUUCGAAGCUCAUCAGAAAUUUAUGGCUAUUUGAUGGAUGGUGCAUUGCAAGGAGUACCAAUAUCUGGGUGUUUAGGUGACCAGCAGUCAGCUCUUGUGGGACAAAUGUGCCUGAGGCAGGGCCAGGCAAAGAAUACCUAUGGCACAGGAUGCUUCUUGUUGUAUAACACUGGCCAGUCUGUGGUUCAAUCAAACCACGGUCUUCUAACCACAGUGGCAUACAAACUGGGAAAAUCGGCAACUGCUGUAUAUGCGUUAGAAGGAUCAGUGGCAAUUUGUGGAGCAGCAAUGAAAUGGUUACGAGACAACUUACAGAUAUUGGAAGAUAUAUCCGAUUCUGAUAAAAUUGCACAAUCUGAUACCGACAGUAGUGAAGUGUACUUUGUGCCUGCAUUUUCCGGACUUUACGCCCCAUUCUGGAGGAAAGAUGCUCGCAGUGUUAUCUGCGGCAUAACAGAAGACACUACAAGUGUAGCUAUAGUUCGUGCAGCUUUGGAAGCUGUGUGCUUUCAGACAAGAGACAUCCUGGAUGCAAUGAACAAGGACUGUGGCAUUCCUCUUACAAAGUUGCUUGUAGAUGGAGGAAUGACAGUUAACAAUUAUGUGAUGCAGUUACAGGCAGACCUAUGUGGUAUUCCGGUAGUUCGGCCACUGAUGACAGAAACCACUGCACUUGGGGCUGCAAUGGCUGCUGGAAGUGCAGAUGGAAUUGAAGUUUGGGAUUUGACCAAUCUUCAAGCUGUUGGAAAUGAUACAUUCCGACCGGCAAUCUCGGAAGAUGAGCGGGACAUGAAGUAUUCCCGGUGGAGGAUGGCCAUUGAAAGAAGUCUCGGUUGGGUGGAUGAUGAGGAAAAUACAGAACUGCACGAAGAAGAUAAGCAGCAAUAUAUUCUAUCGUCAGUGCCAGGGAGCGUGUUCAUCUUUGCCACUUUAUGCUUGCUCCUGGUGGCCCAACGUUUGAAGUCUUGAUUUCAAGAGUAAUGUGAUGAAAUGGAAGAUUACGAUGAGCACCAAAUAAGAAAUGUCCAUUUUUGUACCUCAUGUACAGUACGUGAAAUAUUAUUUAUACUAUUAAAUUGAAAUUAAAAUUUAACUAAAUUAAAAUUUCUGAUAUCAGAAUUUAGCCAUAUUAUGCACUGAAUCUGUUUCAUCAUUUCAGCACACAUUUUAGUUGCAAAUACAUACAAAUGUGUAUCCAUAGAGCCAAAGCUGUAUAUUAGACCUAGGUCAUUGAAGAGUAAAUACAAGAAAGUCACUUCAAAAGUUCUGAUGGAUCAGAUUAGGUCUUGUAAAAUGUGAUAAUAAUAAUAUUAUUGAAUUGC